GUUUGUUUGUUCUUUUUAAUUUCAUCAUGCUGUUUAAUCUAGCAUGUUGCCUAGAAAGGCUUGUUGUAUUGAGUACAAAUACUUCUCCAGCAUGUCUCCUAGAGACCAUUUCACCCACUGCUCUGUUUGGCCGCUAGCCUCUUCUCUCUCUCUUCAGCAAUGGUGAGGAGGAUUCUUUUUCCUUGGGGAAGAGAGAUCCAUGGUUUGUUGCCCUUGCCAAUAACAAAAAUGUUGGAAAGAUGAGUGGCAAAGCUGUUGCCAUUGGCACCUUUCACAUGAGCCACAUCAAAAGGGUCAGGAUGUCUCUCCCUAUUCAUGAUUACACCAAUUGUCCCCAAGUUAGCACCUCCAGUCACCAUACACAGGUUCCCAGUGUCGAACUUGAUGAAGUCAGUUAUUUUGCCUGUUUCCAAAUCAUCAAGGUGUCAUUCACCUUGAUGAGGGGAUCGAAUAGUACGAGCAUCCUGGGUCACCAGAUGUGGGAUUCCUUUUGUGCCCACAAAGAUCUUUCUCACUUCGCACAACUUGUACUUGACCUCCUCAGGUGUAAUUUGAUGAACAGCAAAGAGACCCUUGGUGUCAUAGAUCAGACAGAAGUUCUUUCCAGUCUUGUCAAUGCUGAUGACAUCCAUAAACCCAGCAGGUUAGGUUAUAUCGGUCCUGACUUUCCCAUCAAUCUUAAUGAAUCUCUGUAUGCAAAUCUUUUUUACUUCAUCUCCAGUCAGGGGAUACUUAAGUCUGUUCCUUAGGGAACUGAUCAGAGGCAGGCAUUCCCUCAGCUUGUGUGGACCAGUGGAUGGAUGAGGAGCAAACACCCCAGUCAGCUUAUCCAGCAUCCAAUGUUUUGGAGCCCCUACAUGCUUCAGAUGUUUCUUGGGACCACAAGCCAUGGCUGCACUGGGAAUGGAAAGAGCGAAGUCAUUGUUUUUAAUAGCUGAGUAGUACUCCAUUGAGUUUAAAUGAUCAAUUAAAAAAACAAGUGGCCUCUCUUUGCCCCAUCUACUUCAAGAAUGAAGACCAUUCUCAGCAAUCAGACUGUCAACAUUCCAGAAAAUGUUGAUAUCACUCUGAAGGGGUGCACAGUCAUUGUGAAGGGCCCCAAAGGAACUCUGAGGAGGGACUUCAAUCACAUCAAUGUAGAGCUGAGUCUUCUUGGAAAGAAAAAGAAAAGGCUCCGUGUUGACAAGUGGUGGGGUAACAGGAAGGAACUGGCCACUGUCAGAACCAUCUGCAGUCAUGUUCAGAACAUGAUCAAGGGUGUGACACUGGGCUUCUGUUACAAGAUGAGGUCUGUGUAUGCUCACUUCCCUAUCAACGUCGUUAUUCAGGAGAAUGGGUCUCUGGUUGAAAUCCGAAAUUUCUUGGGUGAAAAAUACAUCCGGAGGGUUCAGAUGAGGACAGGUGUUGCUCGUUCUGUCUCUCAAGCCCAGAAGGAUGAGUUAAUCCUUGAAGGAAAUGAUAUUGAACUUGUUUCAAAUUCAGCGGCUGUGAUCCAGCAAGCCACAACAGUUAAAAACAAGGAUAUCAGGAAGUUUUUGGAUGGCAUCUAUGUUUCUGAGAAGGGAACCAUGCAGCAGCCUGACAAAUGAGACCUCAGUUUCGUAGCUUCAGAAACAAGAUCCUGAUAACAAGUACAGUUUGGGCUCUGUGGGAACAAUAAAAGACUUAUAUAUUGAAAAAAAAAAA